GCAGCCGUUUGUGCCCGCCGGUACCUGGCGGCGCGGCGCGGCGCCGAGGUGACUUGCCACGGCCUGCGGCGAGAGGUGGGCGCAGGGCUUGUGCGGCCUCGGCAGCUGGCGAGGGGAGGUGCGCCGUUCCCUGCGGCAGCGGCGGCGAUCCCCGUGGUGCGGCCGGCCGAGGCCUCUUCCGCCCAUUGUCGGGCGCCUCCGGUCCUUCGGCGAUGGCGGCUGCCCGCGGAGACAGGCUUUUCGCUUCUGAGCAGAAAGUUGGGCCGGAUGGGGUGGCUCUUGCGGUGCAGUUUCGUUUUGGUCUUCCCUCCUUUACCAGGAUGCUGGGAGCGUGCGGCAUGCAGAGAUGUCACCAGGAAGCGUUAAAGAAGAACCGGGUGAUGCUGGCCAAGCAGCUAGUUUUAAAAGAAUUAAUGGAGCAUAUGAUAGAGAAGGACAUCAUCACCACCGAGAUGAUGGAAAUGAUACAGGCCAAGUCUGGGAGCUUCAGCCAAAAUGUGGAAUUCCUCAAUUUGCUGCCCAAGAGAGGCCCUAAUGCCUUCUCAGCCUUCUGUGAAGCUCUAAGAGAAACCAAACAGCAGCAUCUGGAGGAAAUGAUCUUGAAGACAGAAUUUGACCUGCGCAAUGGGGAUUCAAGGCUGGAACACUGUUAUGGAUCAUAUCUUACAUUCCCUGUCUAUGAAUCAUGUAAUUCAAAGAGACCACGCUGGACUGUGGAACGUUCCUGGGAUAAUGGAGAUGGUCCCCCAAUUCCUCCAGUGAAGCACUGCACUCCAGAAUUCUAUCGAGAUCACCAGCACUUGGCAUAUAAACUGAUAUCAGAGCCACGAGGCUUAGCACUUAUUCUUAGCAAUAUGCAUUUCAGUGGCGAGAAGGACUUGGAGUACCGCUCAGGGGGAGAUGUGGACUGUACUGCACUGGAGAUGCUUUUUAAGCAUCUUGGGUACCAAGUCACUGUCUUUCAUGAUCAAACUGCACAGGAGAUGCAGGAUGCAUUGCAGAGAUUCUCUAAGCUACCAGAUCAUCAGGAUGUGGAUUCCUGCAUUAUAGCCUUACUUUCCCAUGGUGUGGAGGGUGGGGUUUAUGGCAUUGAUGGGAAACUACUACAGUUGCAGGAGGCCUUCCGGCUCUUUGAUAAUGCAAACUGUCCAAAUCUCCAGAAUAAGCCCAAAAUGUUCUUUAUUCAGGCCUGCCGGGGAGAUGAGACAGACCGGGGAGUGGAUCAAAGAGAUGGGAAAGAACGGUCAGAUUCCCCAGGCUGUGAGGAAAGUGAUGCAAACAAGGAAGAAAACCUCAAGCUGCGUCUGCCUACACGCUCUGAUAUGAUCUGUGGAUAUGCUUGUCUGAAAGGCACUGCUGCCAUGCGAAACACCAAGCGUGGAUCCUGGUAUAUCGAGGCUCUCACCUCUGUAUUUGCAGAGGACUCCCAAGACACUCAUGUAGCUGACAUGUUGGUGAAGGUGAAUAGACAGAUCAAACAGAGAGAAGGUUAUGCCCCAGGAACAGAAUUCCAUCGCUGUAAGGAAAUGUCAGAAUACUGUAGCACACUCUGUCGAGACCUUUACCUGUUUCCUGGCUAUCUGGCACAAAAUUAAUCCUGCCAAUUCUAUUGGAAGAGUUAUACUGCCAAAGCUGAACUCUCAGUAUGGAUAUGUUUCUCUUCUUAUGGGCUUUGAUGUCAGAUACCCAAGCAAGGAAUACUUGUUUAUGUUUGGCCAGGCCAGUUAUUGAAGUCUUUUUCUAAAAUAAUAUGGCAACUGUUGGUAAUUGAUUCAAUUCAGGGUUUAUAGUUCUGAUGUCCUGACCUAUUCCAAAAGUAUAGGUGUUGAUGAACAUAUCAGAACUGGAACUGGGAAGAAGUGGCAACAUUCUUCGGAAGGAGAUGUAAGAGCAUUUGUAAGCAAUAUGAAUAAUCAGUUUCCUUUUUUGCAUUCAUACAGAUUUUUGGAAAAGUCUUUCUGAAAUGAAAAUUAUUCAUGAUUUGUUAUUUAUGCUUUUAUGUCAACAUUUUAAAGGAAUUUUUGCCUGGUUCUUCAUGCAGCACAAUCAGAUCCUGUGCACAUUAGAAAAGGACUCCCUUGUGAAAGAGAAUUCUCCUUUCUGAAGCAUUAUUGUUUCAGUACUUGACACUUCACAAUUCAUCACUUAAUGUCUAAUUUUGCACAUACUCUUUCUAUAACCAAGUUAUUGUGAUUCUCCACAAGACAUCCCAGGCUAGCAGGAAAAUAAAUGAAGAUACAGGACUCCCAGUGUGCAGGAGUGGGUCUCCGUAAACUGCCCCAGAAGUAGUUUUGAAUCUAGAAAUUCUAGAUUAGCUCGCCUUAGUCCCAAAUGUGAGCAACUGUGUAGAGUAUCACGUUGAUAAAUUAGUUUGCCUUUGUAGCUAAAUGUCACAGUAAAUACAACAUUCGGAUGCUUCAUCAACUUCUCAGCAGUCUAUAAAUUGCACUAUAUGACUGAAACCCCACAAGACAGAAGAAUCUCAUCUUUUGUUUGUUUAAUCAACAAAAUUAUUCAAGGCAGCUCUUUACAUUCUAAGCAUAUUGCUUGGAUUAUUCAUCAAUACAGUUUGUUUCCCUUUCAUUUAAAAAGGGAAGAGUUUCACAUUAUAAUUACUCUUAUUCUGUGAAUUUUCUUCUUUCAGUCAUGAUCAUUUAAAGCUGUUUGUUUAGCUAAUAUUGUUUGCAAAGUGUCACUAUAACUGGUCAAUCAGAAAUGCAGUAGCAUAUUCCAUCACUUCUUUUGGAAUUUUCCUAUGCGUUCUCUUCAUAUUGUAAUUUACCCCGUUUCCUGUUUCAAUUGCUGCCAUGUAAUGUGAUAAGGGAGAUGGGCACUGUUCUGUGUAGCCUAAAUCCUAAUGUACUGGAUUACAUACUGACUAUGAUCUGUAUACUUGAGUCUCUGUCUCUAUUCUGUCACAGUAGGUUGACAGUUCCUGCCUUGUUCUUUUUAUGUCAGUGUGGCUUUUUUGAAUAUAUGUUUCAAGAUAGAAUUAUGAAUAGGAAUCACAAUGGGAUGCAGGUUAUCUUGCACACAUGUGAUAAGCAGAUCUAGGAUCAUACUUGCCAAUAGAUGCCUUACUCUAAUGUUAAGAUACAAAUUUAGGGGUGUUGUUUCUCCCUGGAAUAUAAACAUUUUCUGUCUGAGUGCUUCUCCUUUGAAAUGGUGCGAUACUGUACAGAUAUGUGUAUUGAUAAAGUACUCCACUCUGAUGGAUUACCUUUCUGUAGGAUUGCAUCAAGUUGCAUUAUCACUGCCACUUUUUUAUAUAUUUUUGUAUACCUAUAUUUUACUGCCUUGAGGUGUCAAAAUAAAGAACUUUGAUUAAUCUA